GAUGCUGCGCCUGGCUGCCCUCGCGGCGCUGCUGCUGUUCCUCAGGGUCAGCCUGGAGCUGUCCUGGGCUCAGGUCAUUCCUGCGCUCUUUGCCUUCUACCUAGCAUCCGGGGGAUGGAAAUUCCUCUUCAUAUUCUUCAAGACGAUAUGGAGAGAUGUCACCACGGGGCUGGUCCUGCUGCGGGUGAAGCUGCAGGUAUGGAGGCACGUGAAGGAGAGAAACACCAUCGCCAAGAUCUUCCAGAAGACAGCGAGCAAGUAUGCGGAGAAGACAGCGCUGAUCUUCCAAGGCACGGGCGAGAGCUGGACCUUCCGGCAGCUGGAUGAGUACUCCAACCGCGUGGCCAAUUUCUUCCGUGGACAAGGCUUCCGCUCCGGAGACGUGGUGGCUCUGUUCAUGGAGUCCCGCAACCAGUACGUGGGGAUGUGGCUCGGCUUGGCCAAGAUCGGCGUGGAGACCGCCCUGGUGAACUCCCACCUGCGCAAGGAGGCCCUGCUGCACUGCAUCACCAUCUCCAGCUCCAAGGCCGUGGUUUUUGGGGUGGAGAUGAUGGAAGCCAUGCAGGAAGUGCAGCCCUCCCUGGAGAAAUCCAUCCAUCUCUUCUGGUCCGGUGAAGAAAGGCCCGAAUCAGUCAUUCCCGGUGCAAAACACCUGGAUCCCCUCUUGGAGAGAGCUGAGCGACUCCAGCCACCCGCCCCUGACAAGGGCUUCCUGGAUAAGCUCUUCUACAUCUACACCUCCGGCACCACGGGGAUGCCCAAGGCUGCCAUUGUAGUGAACUGCAGGUACUUCCGCAUGUCCAACUUGGUUUAUUACGGUUUCCGCAUGAGGCCCGAUGACGUGCUGUACGACUGCCUCCCGCUCUACCACGCCGCAGGGAACAUCGUGGGGAUUGGGCAGUGCCUGCUGCAUGGCAUGACAGUUGUCAUUCGCAAGAAGUUCUCGGCCUCGCACUUCUGGGAGGACUGCGUGAAAUACAACUGUACGAUCGUGCAGUACAUCGGGGAGAUCUCCCGCUUUUUCCGGGAGGCAGAGCGGCAGCACCGGGUGCGCAUGGCGCUGGGCAACGGGCUGCGGGCGUCCAUCUGGCGGGAGUUCAUGGCCCGCUUCGGCAUCGCCCAGGUGGCCGAGUUCUACGGGGCCACCGAGUGCAACUGCAGCCUGGGCAACUUCGACAACAACGUCGGCUCCUGCGGCUUCAACAGCAGGAUCCUGCCAGGUGUGUACCCCAUCGGCUUGGUGAGGGUGGAUGAAGACACCAUGGAGCUCAUCCGGGGACCAGAUGGUGUCUGCAUCCGCUGCAAACCAGGGGAACCGGGGCAGCUGGUGGGCCGCAUUGUCAAGAACAACCCCUUGCAGCACUUCGACGGCUACCUGAAUCAGGCAGCCACCAACAAGAAAAUUGCCAGGGAUGUUUUUUCAAAGGGGGAUGCUGCUUAUCUCACAGGGGAUGUUCUGGUGAUGGACCAAUACGGUUACAUGUACUUUCGGGACCGCACUGGGGACACGUUCCGCUGGAAGGGGGAGAACGUCUCCACCACAGAGGUGGAGGGGACACUGAGCCGCAUCCUCAGCUUGACGGACGUCGUGGUUUACGGGGUGGAGGUCCCAGGGAUUGAAGGGAAGGCAGGAAUGGCAGCCAUCGCUGACCCGGACAACUCCUGCGACCUGGCGAGCUUUGCUGCCGAGCUGAGGAAGGCGCUGCCGCUGUCCGCGCAGCCCGUCUUCCUGCGCUUCCUGCACGAAGUCUCCAAGACAAGCACUUUCAAAUUCCAGAAAGUGGAGCUGCGCAAGCAGGGCUUCGACCCCGCGCUGGUGCAGGACAGGCUGUACUUCCUGGACUCCCGGCAAGGCCGCUACCUGCCCCUGGACCAGGAGGCAUUCAAGAGGAUCCAGUCGGGCCAGCAGAAGCUGUGACCUGUGGGGCUCCAACGAGGCGCCUCCCCAUGUCCUGCAGGACAGAGUGGGGACAGGGCAGGCGCUGGGGAAGGAAAGGUUCAAGGAGCGACCUAAAGGCAUGCGAGAGAUUGUCAUUUGA